AUGACCAGUGGAUCCUUGCGCUACUUCAGGGGAUUCGCUAACAGUAUACCUUGCACAGUAAUCCGAGAUACAGGCGCGACACUAAUUGGUGUACACAGAGCAUUAGUGCAAGAGAAAGACUAUACAGGAGAGCACAUUGUGUGCAGAACUUUUGGAGGUAAUAAGGAAAGAUAUAAGGUAGCUCUUGUAAAAAUAAAUUGCCCCUUUUACACCGGCAUAACAAAGGCAGCAGUACUGCCCGCGCCAUGUGCCGGAAUACUCAUUGGUAAUGUACCAAAUGUAAAUACUGAUGAUGAGUUAGCAAUCAAAAACUGGGAGGAACAGUUUCCUAACGUAAAUGCUGUCACAAGACAGCAAACGCAAAAACAAGAAGAUAAAGCACAGACAGAUCUGAUUCAAUCCAUCAGCAUCCCUAACAUGGAAACCCCAGCAGGUGGUCAACCCUCAUUUUCAGAACUCCAGAGGACGGACCCCACAUUAAAGAAAUGUUUCAACCUCGUAAAUGAAAAGCCUAGAAUUUCAAAGUCUGGUAGAUGGUGGUUUACACUGAAAAAGGAUAUCUUGGCAAGGGUGUAUAAAAAAGGAACGAUGACAGUAUCACAAACGGUGCUGCCGGAACAGUUUCGCAAAAAAGUACUAGAAAUGGCACAUGAUGCGCCGUUUUCUGGUCAUAUGGGAACGGCUAAAACAAAAUCAAGAAUCCUGGGGCAGUUCUACUGGCCAGGGUACAGCAAGGACACAAAAACAUUUGUUCGUACCUGUGAGAUUUGUCAAAAACAGUCACAGAAAGGGAAAAACCCAAAGGCUCAUAUCCAGGUGACUGACUUAGCAUCUAGACCAUUUCAAAAAAUUGCAGUGGACAUAAUCGGACCAUUAAAUGUUACCUCAAACAAGGGAAACAGAUAUAUCCUUACAGUAAUAGAUCUGUGUACCAGAUGGCCUGAAGCGAUUCCGCUUCGAAAUAUUACAGCUGAGGCUAUUGUAGAAGCCUUCAUACACAUUUUCUCAAGAAUCGGCUUCCCUAGAACAAUUCUAUCCGACAGAGGAACACAAUUUAUCUCUGCUGCCACACAAGCAGUCACUAAAAUGAUGGGUAUUAAACAGCAAUUUGCGAGUCCAUACCACCCACAGACAAAUGGUAUUGUAGAAAACUUAAAUGGUACAUUGAAACGAAUGUUGGCAAAAAUUUCAGCUGAACGCCCCGCAGACUGGGACAUAUUUCUACCAGCCAUCCUGUUCGCCUAUAGAGAGGUGCCGCAGAGUAGUACAGGACAUUCCCCAUUUGAGUUGGUCUAUGGAGCCAACCCCCGUGGACCAUUGCAAAUUUAUAAAGAACUAAUUACGGGGAAAGUUGAAGACCAGCCAACCAUAGAUGCUUAUAAUAUGGUCAUCAGUUUACGGGAGAGGAUUAUAAAGUCCUGCAUGGCUGCAAAACAGGCCCUUGAAACCUCGGGUACUGUGUACAGACAAUAUGCAAAUAGAAAUGCUAAGACAGUUGCCUUAAAAGAAGAAGAAGAAGUGCUUUUACUAUUACCACUUCCAUCUGAUAAACUGUCAGUAUCAUGGCAAGGUCCAUACAAGGUAACCAAAAAAAUUUCGGAUGUGGAUUACGAGAUACUGGUGAAAGGCAAGCCAAAAAUCUUCCACAUUAACAUGCUAAAGCCAUUUAAGAUUCGAGAUGAGCUACAACCCCCCAGGCAUAUAAACGAGCAUAUUGCGUCUUUAGCCUUAACCAUCAAUGAGCAACAGGAAGACACUAUAACUGACCAAAUUCCUACACCUUCAACAACAGUCGAAUCGUCGUGGAAAGAUAUUAAAGUCAACAGCGAAAUUCCUCAUGAGGAUAGAGCACUACUAAUGAAGAUCCUUCAACAGUUCCAUGACAUCUUUUCAGAUACGCCAGGCAGCACAUCGGUAAUCAAACAUCACAUAAGACUCACAACAGAAAUACCAGUUAAGACAAAACCAUAUCCCAUUCCGCUGCACUAUCAAAAACAAGUAGAGGCUGAAAUAUCUGAAUUGGAAAAAUGUGGUAUUAUUAGGAGGUCAUCUUCCAACUAUUCAUCACCGCUGGUUAUCGUCAAAAAGAAAGACAGUACACUCAGAAUCUGCGUGGAUUAUCGUAAAAUAAACGCCAUUACCCAUUUGGAUGCUGAACCAAUCCCAAAUGCAGAUGAACUUAUUGCAACCAUGUGCCAAUCACAAUUCUUUUCAAAAUUAGACCUCACUAAGGGUUACUGGCAAAUUCCAGUUACCGAAGAAUCAAGGCAUAUUACUGCAUUUGCCACACCGAUGGGAUUGUUCGAAUGGUGCAAAAUGCCUUUUGGAUUACAAAAUUCUCCUGCAACAUUUGUUCGCAUGAUGCGCAUUGUACUUAAGGACAUUAAGAAUGUUGCCACAUAUAUGGACGAUAUUUGUAUUCACAAUGCAAAUAUGCAGGACCACAUUUCUUCCUUAACCCAGGUAUUUAAGAGAUUAAGAGAAUUCGGCUUGAAAGUAAAACCCAGUAAAGUAGAAAUCGGGUUCACAAAAAUUGAUUUCCUGGGUCACAAGAUCGGCAAUGGAUUCUUACAAACAGAUGACAAAAUUAUUUCAAAAAUAUUGGAUAUUAAAGCCCCAACAACAAAAAAGCAAGUUCGAUCAAUGCUGGGACUGAUAAACUAUUACAAUAAAUUUCUACCUGACUUUGCUGGCAUGACAGCAGCAUUAUCUUCACUCGUUAAGAAGGGAUUGCCUACAAAGAUAGCAUGGACCCCGCAGCUGGAACAAAUUCUGACCAAUAUCAAAACAGCUUUCUCGAAAUCACCAAUCUUAAAGUUACCUGACCUCGAAAAACCCUUCAUCUUACAGUGCGAUGCAAGUGGGUAUUCCAUAUCAUGUAUUUUAUUACAGGAACAUGAGAACAUUCUCCACCCAGUACUUUAUUCCAGUCGGAAGCUGUCAGAAGCAGAGAAACGUUACGCCACAGUAGAACUUGAAGCACUUUCUCUUGUGGUGGGAGUUACGAAAUUUGCAAAAUAUUUGCUUGGCAGGAAGUUUAUAGUACAGACAGACAACAAACCACUGACAGUCUUUAAAGAAGGAACACCGAAGAAUCAUCGUAUUUACAGAUGGAGUCUACUUUUGCAGAACUACAGCUUUGAAUUAGUCCACAUCAGUGGCAUAAAUAAUGCCCUGGCUGACAUCCUGUCACGUCUUUAA